AGUAUAAGAGAAGCGGCUCUCGUGCGCGGCGGCGGCGGCGCGGCAGCGACUCAGCGGACCGACGAAACGCACUCGUCGCGAGGGAGCAGCGACUAGCGAGGUCCGACUGGUGCUUGCUCUCUGCCUAUACUUCCGUCCUUGUCGCACUCUGCGCGCGGCGCUGCUCUCUCUCUCUCUCUCUCUCUCUCUCUCGGGCGAAAUAGCCGCCGCCGCCGCCGCCGCCACCGGUCGUUGCGGCUACUGUCGAAUCUCGAUUUCCUAGUCGCGGCGAUUUCGGCCUUGUUGCGAUCGGAGCUGCGGUCUGGUGUCGUCGAGUGUAUUUUUUGGGAGCCGUUAAGUUGUCAACUUAUGGGGGUCAGUAUAGGUAUAAUAAGCAGCGCAGUUCAGACUGCAGAUCCGUUACUAUGUCGCGAGAGCAUCGGGCGGCGGGCCACCGGUGUUUAUUUCGCUCGCGUGCAGUUUUGCGGAAAACAAGCCCAGGUUAUUUGCGUGAAGCGGUUCUCGUGCACGAAGAAGAGCACGCGCCGAUGAUAACAAGCCGAUUUCGUUGAGACAGCGAAUCAGGACCUGGUGGAAGUCGAGAGUCGUCACAAGUUUCGGCACGUCAAACUCGGCUCGGCGUCCUGGCCUAAAUGAAGCGAGCUAUAUAGGGUUCAAGGAAGCCGGCUCUCUCAGUGUCCCAUACAGGAACCGAAGAAUCAAGAGAUGCUGUGAUUUGCACUCUCAGCGAAUCAGAAAAAGUGCUUUGUAUGCAAUUACCAAGUGCUGCUAAAGGAGGAAAAUUCACAGUUGUUGUUACUCCAACAAGAGAGUUUGCAAAGAGUCAAGUAUCAUAUUUAAAAACAAAAAAUAUUCCAGCUUUCUAUUGGAAUGGCUGUUCUUCUACUAAAGCAAAAUAUUUCAUAAAGAAUGAAAUCACUUCUAAUUCUCCAAAAAUAAAGCUUCUUUACUUGACAUAUAAACAAGUUCUUAAUUCACACGUUCAGUUUAAGUUAAUUCAAGCAAAGGGCAAUCUAUCUAAAUUCAUUAUCGAUGAAGCUCAGUAUUUGAGUCCACAGAAUACUGAAUUUAGAAAUCCCUACAUAAAGUUGGGUAUUUUGAAAAAAAAAUUUUCUGAAGUACCAUUUGUGGCUUUGACCACUGGAGCAACAGAGAAAGUGGGAGAGGAUAUUAUCCAAGUUCUUCAACUUCAAAGUCCCCUGAUAUUGGACAAUAGACCUGUGAAAGAAGACUUCAAUGAACAUGAAGUUAUAGUCUUAGAGAGUGAUUCUGAAGAUUCAAUUGAAUUUAUUGGUGAAGAGAGGUGUACAACUGUACGUGAGGUUUGUCAACACUUGAAACCAUCCAUCAAACUCUUUAGGGUACAAGAAAUUGCACAUUCAUCAAAGCUGUUAGUAGGAGAAGAAUGCCCUUCUUGCCAUAAUACACAAGAACAUUUUUCAGACGUUUUAAAAGAAAUUGAAGCAUUAGUGCAUGAUGACUCUGAAGAUUCAGUUGUAUAUAUAAGCGAUGAUAGUGUUGAAAGUCCGCUUUUAUUCAGCGAUUAAAAGCAAUAUGACAAAUACUUAUUAUAGAAGAAGUGGUUCAUCAUUUUUGUAUUACAAGAAUUAUUUGAUGUGUAUUCCUAACAAGCACGUUUAGUUUUAAGUAUUCUGAUACAAGCAGGAGAUUUUGUUAGGUUCUACUUGGUAUGUAUAAAAGCAAAAGAAAAAAAGCAUUUUUUAAGUCACAUUUUCUCUUUGUUUAUUUCAAGUUUUAUACAGAUUACUUAUUAUGUUUUGUGUCAAACUGUCUGUAUUUACAAUUAUCUUUUAUUCUGUUACUUUUUGAACAAGUUGCACAUCUGUUGCACUUUGACAUUUAUCUCCACACACGAACAUAUUCCCGUUAAAAAAUGAACUGAAGUAAUAUAUAAUUAACAUUAUAUUUUAAAUGAACAUUUCAGAUAAAACUUUCUUGUAAUUUAAGAAAUCUUUUUGUAUUUUUAUUAAAAAGUGCAUCGUUCUUAAAUACUUUUAUAUCAAAUUAACGCUGUCAAAAAAGUUAAAUAACAGUUUACAAACGACUAGUCUGUGGUACAGAGAACAUCUUCUAUAUACAUAUAAGUUUGUAACGUCGAAUUUGAUCUAAUAGGUAUGCAAAAAAUAGAAAUUUUCAAGCAUAAAUGUUUUAAAUAUUACACUAUUCUAUAUUUUUUGAUACGACAAA